ACAUCAAAUUUUGGGGUAGAAAAGUGCGUCUUAUACACCGAAAAAUACAGUAUUUUAUUAGAGCUGGGGGCUGAGGCUUUAGACGAGUGUGUAUAUGUAAUUAUCCAAACGUAUCCUGGUAUGUCUGGUGGCUUAAUGACGUGUAGGUGAAAGAGUUAUUUUACCGUUAACAGAUUAUCUGUUGUGGUCCCUUGGUGGAUCAGUGGUAACUUUAUGGACUUGCAAUCUGGGGUUCAGUUGUCUGCAGUGGACGGAUUACCUGUAGAGAAUGUUGCCUCACCGUACCCUCUUGCUCUGACAUAUGUUCAAGUUCUUGCUAUUCUCUAAGACAGGAACUAAGAAGGUGUCCAGAACUGUUUUUAUAUUGUCACUGUGCUCUACAGCUGAGUCUGCUUUGUUCUAGAGUAUAUGAAAUCACAAGUAAGGUUUGGUUGUUUUAGACUUAAAAAACGUUUUUCCACCCUCAGUGAGCAUAGCUGAACAUAAUUUAGUAUUGACAGAUGAUAUGUAUGAACUUUGUUUCUUUUUUAAGUUUGCUGUGAUGGUGAUCUAUGAGCCUUCCCAGAUUCCAUACAAAGCUUCUCGCUCCAAUGCUUUCUUCAUGAUUGCCUUGAUGUUAUCUUUUGUCUUGUGCAUCAUUCCUCUUGGGUACUCCAUUGCUGAGGUUUCUCCAUCCUAUAGCUGUGGUCCUUUUCGUAUUUACUCUACGAUGUGGUCACCAGUCAAAGAAAUGGUUCGUUCGUGGCCAACAACUUUACAAAGAAUUAUUGACUUUAUGACCAGUGCUGGUUUUGCUGUACCUUGUUUUAUGAUUUUAUGCUUGACCUUGUAUUAUUAUUUGGCCCAGUCAUCAGCUUACCAGCACAUGGCUAGGGUUUUGAAAGAUCAACUUAUCGAUGCUGGACGAGACAAACAAUUCCUACUGUUCAGACUCUCGGACGUUGCCAGUAAACAAGAAUCAUUAACAACCAUAAAACACCCAUAAUAAUGACUAAAUCUGUUUUUGUUAUUGAAGUCUACUUUAUGAGGACUGUUUCAUAAUACAUAGUGCUUUUGCAAGAAUCAAAAUUACGUUUAAAAAUAUUUUUUUAAAGUUUAAAGGUCCAGUUUAGUGUUUUGCCAAUAUUUUGUCUUACGUUACACGAGGUUCAAAACAAAAAAAAAGAUCUGAUGUGUACACAUACUUGUUAAUAUUACUAAAAUUUUUCAUGAUAUUAUUUUGUUUUUCAAUUCUGUUGUUAUUUUUAUCUAGUGAGCUCGAAAAGUUUGUAGUUAAAAUCCAAGUGUGAUUAUUUAAUAUCUAAUGACACUAGAUGGCAGGAUGUACUAUCAUUUAUAAAAUUUGUUCGGUGUUAGGUUUGUAACCAUUUCCAGUGUUCAAAAUAACCACUUCAAUAUGACUUCACAUACAAGUAGAAGAACUAUUUUGCUUCACUCCGUACGUACUAACAGUAAUCGACUUCACAGAUUCGGAAGAAAGUACUGUAAUCUACACGCUACUACUUUUAAAAUGACAGUUUGAAGUAGAAAGUAUCUAUGGAUAUUAUAGUUUACACAUCUGAUGUAUGUUAUAGUCACGAUAGAAACUGUGAUAUUCAGUCAGUCUUUAAAUGUUUUAACAAGUUCCUGAGACUUGAGUAUAACGUUGAACCUUUUUCUGGUUUUGAUUCAGAUAAGAAAAUUGUGAACUUAGAUAUAUAUAUAUACAGGGUGGGCCAAAAGUAGGGUUACAGUUACUCUAUUAUUUGUUUCUCCUUCACAAUCACGUUUUA